AUGCCUACCGAUUCCUCAGAAGAUUUAGCAAAUUUAAAGAGCGAGAGAAGAGUAUUAAAAUCUAAAUUUACCAAAUUUAUUAAUUUUAUUAAAAACGAACAAAAUGCAUCCAAAUACACAGAAGUUCGUUUGCGAAUUCAAAAAAUCGAAGGUAUUUUAGAGCAGUUUGAAGAUAUUCAAUCAAAAAUUGACGCAAUUUCGCAAGACUCAAAUUCCGACGAUUUUGAUAGUUUUGAAACUCUUUAUUACAGCGAAAUGAGUAAAGCUCAUGAUUUGCUUAACAAAGAAAAUGCACGUCCGGUUAUUAACGAUUCACUCACAAAUUCUAGGAAUUUAAACCAAGUUCCUCAAAAUCACAUUCGCUUACCAACUAUUGAACUAACGACAUUUGAUGGUUCAUACGAUAAAUGGUUGGAUUUCUUUAAUUCUUUUACGUCAAUGGUUCACAAUAAUCGAGAUCUUUCAGAUUUACAAAAGUUACAUUAUUUAAGGUCGUGUCUUAAGGGAGAAGCAAUGUCAAUUAUCUCCUCUUUAGAAUGUUCAAUAGAAAAUUAUUCCAUCUCUUGGGAAUUGCUUCAAAAAAGAUUUGACAAUAAACGCAUAAUCAUUCGAACUCAUGUAGAUGCAUUGUUAGAAUAUCCAAAAUUAAUAAAGGAAUCUGCCCAGGAAUUAAGGAAAUUGUUAGAUCUUGUGCAAAUUCAUUUACGAGCAUUAAAAUCAUUAAAUGAGCCAGUAGAUUCUUGGGACACCUUAAUCAUACACCUUAUCACAUUAAAACUCGAUAGAAAUACACACAAAGAAUGGGAAGAGUCAAUUGUUGGAUCAGAUAUGCCAAAAAUGAAAAAAUUUUUGUUAUUUCUGGAACAACGAUGUCAAAUUUUACAAAUCGCAUCAAUUAAUUUAAACAUGCAUUCAAAUAAUGCAGGUAAUUCAGUUCCAAAAAACAAACCACAGAAUACACAAAAAAAACAAGCGCUUAUGGUUGCUGGAAAAUCUAAUUUAUGUAUUAUUUGUAAUGCCGAACACAGAUUAUAUAAAUGCGAAAUGUUCUUAAAACUCAGUAUUAAGGAACGGGUAGAAAAAUUAAAGGAAGCCAAGGUAUGUUUCAAUUGUUUAAAUAGCGGACAUAUCAAUUCAGAAUGCAAAUGGACGGGUUGUCGUAAAUGCGGGAAAAAUCAUAAUACAUUACUACAUUAUGAGGGAAGGAAUGAUAAUUCGAAAGAAGGAUCAAAUAAGGAAAUCAAUACAACCACAAAUAAUCCAACUCCUCAAGUUUGUAGCGCUAUAAUGACAUCUCAAGUUUUGCUUUCAACUGCUGUAAUUAAAAUGAGGGCUAGCGAUAACAGUCUCAAACAAGCGCGCGUUCUAUUAGAUAAUGGAUCCCAAUCGAAUUUUAUCACUGAAAAUUUUGCAAAAUCGUUAAAUCUCCCAACAAAAAAAAUCAACCUUCCAGUUGAAGGGUUGAAUCAGAUUGAAACGCGUAUAAACCAAUCUAUUAACACACAAAUAUUUUCUAAACAUUCCAAUUACAAGGAAAAUGUCGAAUUUCUCGUUAUACCUCAAAUCUGUAAUUUAUUGCCGAAUCAAUUCAUUGAUAGAUGCGCACUUACCAUUCCACAUAAUAUUCAGCUAGCAGAUCCGGAAUUUUAUAAACCAAAUCACAUUGAUGCAUUACUCGGAGUAGAAAUCUUUUAUGAUUUGCUUAUGCUGGGUCAGAUUGAGAUACCAGGCCAUAAAGCCAAAUUACACAAAACACAGUUAGGGUGGAUAAUCUCAGGUAAGCUCGGAUCAGGUAGGAAAUGUAAACCUUCUACUAGUAUGCUCACGCUAGGUACACUAAAUAAAAACAUUUGUCAAUUUUGGGAAUUAGAAGAAAUAAAAGAUAAAACCUUUUUAUCCGAAGAGCAAUUUGAAGUUGAAGAGCAUUUUAAAAGAACCACACAACGCGAUCCUCAAACAGGAAAUUAUACAGUUUCUCUACCAUUUAAUAAAAAGGUAGAAAAUUUAGGAGAGUCAUUCAAACUAGUUGAAAAACAAUUUUUAGCGUUAGAGCGAAGACUUGCAAAAAACCCAGAUUUAAAAUCCGCGUAUGUAAAAGGCAUGCAAGAAUCAAUACAAUUAGGGCAUAUGGUUGAAAUUAACGAUGACGAUAUUCAAAAGCGACAUUGUUUUUUACCACAUCACCCUGUAAUAAAAGAAUCGAGUUCCUCUACUAAGACUAGAAUCGUAUCCAACGCGUCCUUUAAAACAAGCUCAGGGAUUUCUUUGAAUGAUUGUUUGAAAGUGGGUGCCGUUGUUCAAAAUAGUAGCUUUGAAAUCACACUAAAAUUCAGAACACACCAAAUUGUUUUAGUAGCAGACAUUGAAAAAAUGUACAAGCAAGUACUUUUAAACAAAGAUGAUGCGCAAUAUCAAUUAGCACUCUGGAGAGAAAACGAAAACGAAAUAAUAAAGAAAUUUAUUAUUCCCGUAGUUUUGUUCGGAACCUCCGCAGCUCCUUUUUUAGCAACACGUAUUUUAAAUCAAUUAGCUGAAGACGAAAGAGAUCGUUUUCCUUUAGGCAGCAAAGCUUUAAAGGAAGACUGCUACGUAGACGACAUAAUGACAGGAGAUGACGACAUAAUAAAGACUAUACAACUUCGGGACGAAUUAAUAAAUAUUACCCAAUCAGCAGGGUUUCGGUUAAGAAAAUGGAUUUCAAACCACCCGGAAGUGGUAGAAUCUUUGGCUGAAUCUAAUGAAAACAUAGAUUUGCUUAUUAAUAAAGGUAUAGAAACUAAAGCACUCGGUAUUCAGUGGAAUACAAUCUCCGAUGAAUUUGUUUACAAACUUGUUGAGAAACCAGACCAUAAAUAUACAAAACGUACCAUCUUAUCUAUCAUUGCUGGAUUAUACGAUCCCAUAGGUUUAUUAGGGCCAAUUAUAGUGUCAGCAAAAAUUGUUAUGCAACAACUGUGGCAAUGUAACAUAGAUUGGGAUGAGUCAGUUCCACAUACUAUUUACACCCAAUGGCAAAAAAUCGAAAGUCAAUUGCCACUAUUAAAUGAAGUCAAAUUUAAUCGAAAGGUUAUAAUCAAAGAUGCAGUUCGUAUUGAAGUGCAUGGGUUUUGCGAUGCAAGCGAAAAGGCAUACGGAGCCUGCAUUUAUAUUAGGUCGGAAAAUUCUAACGGGAAUGUUCUCACAAAUCUUUUAUGUUCAAAAAAUCGCGUUGCGCCAUUGAAGGUAAUUUCGCUUCCAAAAUUAGAGUUGUGCGGAGCAUUGUUGUUAUCACGUUUAAUUAAAUCAAUAUUACCCGUAAUAAAAAGGCCAAUUGAUGAAAUCCUUUUAUGGUCGGACUCCACCAUUACUUUGCAAUGGAUUACCACACAACCAAAUUUAUUGAAAACAUUCGUCGCAAAUCGAGUUGUGGAAAUCACUGAUGCAACGAAGACAAUGAAGUGGAGGCACGUGUCUUCACAGGACAACGCAGCCGAUGUCCUUUCGCGCGGACAGCUUCCUGCUGAGUUCUUAAACAAUGCUUUGUGGAAAAGCGGUCCACAAUGGCUUAGUGAAAACCGAUCUGAAUGGCCUAAUGACCACAGGCAGGUAGUUCCGUUACUAGAAAUGAAGACAAUAGUGUCACUACCCGCGGCAUUAAAUCAAAACGCAAUGUUAUAUAAAUAUUCUAACAUUAAUAAAUUUACACGAAUUAUUGCAUUUAUAUUGCGGUUCUUAAACAAUGCAUCGAAAAAUAAAGUUCCAUCUCGCGGUUCUUUAACCAUCACUGAAUUAAAAAACGCACUGAUAGUUAUUUUAAAAAUGACUCAGAGAGAAUGUUUCUCUGAAGAAAUCAAACAGCUGAAAAAAGAAAAAUGCGUACAUGUAAAAAGCGAUCUCCGUUCUCUUAACCCUUUUUUAGAUAAUGACGGAUUACUGAGAGUAGGGGGAAGAUUAAAAAAUUCAAGUCUUACUUAUUCGGAAAAAUAUCCCAUCAUUUUACCGAAAGGUCAUCAUGUCACGACUUUGAUUAUUCGCGAGCAACAUUUAAUGAAUUUGCACGGAGGAACACAAUUAACUUUAAAUUCAGUUAGGGCGAAAUAUUGGCCAAUCAAUGGAAAAAAUGUUACCAAAUCAGUUAUACGCAAAUGUGUUACUUGUUUUCGUGCAAACCCAAUGGAUCAAAACUAUUUUAUGGGCGAUCUCCCACGCGAUAGAGUAGUACAAUCACGACCCUUUCUAAAUGUGGGACUCGAUUAUUGUGGUCCAUUUUUUAUCAAGGAGAAAAAAUUUCGAAAUCGUGGUAAAGUAAAAACUUACGCGUGCAUUUUUGUUUGUUUGGCAACUAAGGCUAUUCACAUUGAAUUAAUCACAGAUUUAACGACGGAAGCAUUUCUUGGCGGCUUGCGUCGAUUUUUUUCAAGGCGUGGAUAUUCUUCGAAUAUUUAUUCCGACAAUGCCACGAAUUUUGUAGGAGCAAAAAACGAACUUCACGAUUUAAAUAAAUUUAUUAAUGAAACUGAACACACAGAGGAAUUUACAAAUUUUCUUACAAACAAAAAAAUUCAGUGGCACUUUUCGCCACCUCGAUCACCUCACUUUGGAGGGCUGUGGGAGGCGGCAGUCAAAUCGUUUAAAUCCCAUUUUAAGAAAACGGUCGGGGAUGCCUUGUUUACUUAUGAGGAAUUGUUAACCUAUACAACUGAAAUCGAAGCCAUCCUUAAUUCCCGUCCCAUCACACCUUUAUCUGACGAUCCCAAUGAUUUACAAGCCCUUACUCCUGCGCAUUUCCUUAUUGGAGAUAUAUUCACAAAUCUUCCCGAUCUCAACCUGAGGGAUACUCCAACGAAUCGUUUAUCCAGCUGGCAACAUAUUCAGUACGUGCGACAACAUUUUUGGAGGAGAUGGUCAAAGGAAUAUCUCAAUCAGCUGACGGUCCGAUCAAAAUGGCAAUUCAAGAAACCGGACAAUAUAACCAUUGGGACAAUGGUUCUUUUGAAGGAAGACAAUGUUCCACCCCUUCGCUGGCCUUUAGGACGGAUAACAGAAAUUUUUCCGGGAGAAGAUGGCCUCAUCAGAGUCAUCACAGUCAAAACACAUGCGGGGACCUACAAGCGCUCCACUAGAGGCGUGGCACGUCUCCCCAUUGAAUAUUGGUGGUCGUCGUCGGACGUUGCACUAUUGGCAUUACAUGCAGUCAAUAACGUUGAACAGGCCAGGUUGCAAUUAAUUGCCGCUAAACGUCCUCAUGAGCAACAGGUAAGGAAGAAGAUUAAUUUAUUAGCAACAUCGAGAUAUGUGCAAAUAGAAUUAUUCCGUUGA